CCUAAUGCAAUGCCCUGAAUAUGCUAUAUCUUAGAUUUGGUCAUGGAAAAAUCAUCUCUAAUGGCUAAAACCUCUCACUUUGCGACUGGGUUUUUGAAGACAACCUACAGCUGAGCUUCAUUGAUCUUCCUCUCCAAUCAAACGGCAAGAUUAUAAUAGCAACCAACGGCGCAAUGGUGAUUGCUUCUAGAUUGCCAGCAAAUUGUUCAGGUUUGCUUUAUCCUAGUUAUCAUAAGCUAUCUGUUCAGCUUAACAGGUACCAAAGAACUAGAUUUGAUUGUUAUAAUCCUAAUCAACCAUUUUAUGGAAAGCUUUGUAGAGGAAGUUCUCUUAGGAAGCCUCGUACGAGCAGGCAUGUCGUGUCUGUAGGAAGUAACAGGCAUCAAUUGAGUUUUGAUGAUGAAUUACCCGAGGAACCUUUCUGGCUAAGUCUGGUUAGAGAAACCAUAUGGGGCUUAAGAUCUUUGUUUGUGUUUCUGGUUGAGCAACCUAGUCAACUGAAAUACAUAGAAUGGCCAAGCUUUGUAAGCACGCUGAAGACUGCGAUUUUAACUCUUGUUCUCGUAGCCGGGCUCAUUGUUGCACUGUCAUCAGUUGACUCCAUCCUCUGCUAUAUUUUAGCUUUGUUACUUAGAAAAACCCCAUCAUAAUUGGUACACCCUCAAAAGAACACCUUAGAUGUAUAUAUAAUAUAUGGAUAUAUAUAUAUGUAUUCCUUGAAUGUUGCAUAAGAUUAUCUAGAGUUACUUUUCGGAUAAUAUGUACCUCAGGUUUCAUGUGUGGAAGAACAGCAGGUUUUCUCGGUAAAGGAUGAACUGCACCGGAAAUUUGUCUUUGAUCCGACAGUAACUUUCUUGUUUAAUGUAGUUUCUCUUUUUGAAAUAAGGUUCAAACUUUGAAAAUAA